AUGUUAAGGGCAGGAAGCGCUGUACUGAUGAGCAAGAGGGGUAAAAUCGGCGUUCUGUCGGUGAUACUGGUGUUCGUAGUGUACAGAUUCCAUGCGGCGAACAAGUCUCUGACCCGGCAAUUUCAAUGGGAUGGGAACUCUGCUGCCGGUGAUUCAGGCGUCUUAUUGCCCACAACAUCGCAUGUGCAGGAUCUCAACCUCAGGACUUUUUCAGUACAGAACGGCGGGGGUGAAGACCGCAUGUACAGUGUGCGGGAACAAUUGGCACUCACGUUCCCUUACAACGCACAGGCACCCAUCCCGAAACACGUAUGGCAGACGUGGAAGGAGGGUCCCGACUCAGCGACGUUCCCUGGGAACUUCAGGUUGUACCAGUCUGACUGGGCCAAUUGGGACAAGAAUGUUCAGUACUCGCUGAUCAAGGACGACCAGAUGGUCCCCUUCCUGGAAGAGGUGUACGGGGGUGUGCCGCUAGUGGUAGAGGCGUUUAAAUUGCUCCCCACAAUAAUACUGAGGGCAGAUUUUUUUAGGUACCUGGUACUGUACGCAAGAGGUGGCAUAUACUCCGACAUGGACACUUUCCCACUGAAGGAUAUGGCCGAGUGGCCGUCGUACAAUGAGGGGAAGCUGCAGACCAUGCUCGAGGGUGCCCAGCCGCUUAAUUACAAGGCGAGCAAGCCUGCUCACGAACCUUCUAUUGCCCGGAUCAAUGACGCUGGGCUCGUCAUUGGGAUCGAAGCGGAUCCGGAUAGACCGGACUGGAAGGACUGGUUUGCGCGGAGAAUCCAGUUUUGUCAAUGGACCAUACAGAGUAAACCGGGACAUCCCGUGCUGCGGGAGUUGAUCCUGAAUAUCACGGCGACGACUCUGCAGAGUGUCGAUGGGUCGUUUACUUCGAUCACGGAUAAAUCACACGCCGAGGAUUACAACGUCAAUUAUAGACAUAAAAGACUCUUUGACACGAAGUACGACCACCACAAACUGAAGAACAAGCAGAAUGUCGAUGGAUCAGAUAUCAUGAACUGGACAGGUCCGGGCAUUUUUUCCGAUAUCAUUUUCAACUACAUGGACAACCUACUGCAUCAUAAUGACGAUGUGAUCCUACUAAAUAACAAUCUGGGACAUAUAGAGAAGAACGAGGACAUUACAAAAUCGACCAAGCAAUUCUACAAAACAAUUACAGAAUCCCUGCAAUCGGCGAACAAUGUGCCCUGGGAGUUCUUCUCCCUCAUCACCUCGCCAGUACUUGUGGACGAUAUACUUGUUUUGCCCAUCACAGCGUUCUCACCAGGUGUUGACACCAUGGAGGCAAAAACGGAGACCGAUGAAAUGGCGUUUGUGAAACACAUGUUUGAGGGCUCUUGGAAGGCUACCGCUGAUCAGAAUGCAGGGCAUUAA